GAAAUAAAGUUGAUAUUCGUUAAACAAUUAUUGAAAGCCCGGACAAUCCAUAGAAUAAUGUACAAUAUGUACAGUCAAUGUCGGUGGCGACAAUCCUGUGGCAAAUAAGUGCUUGAAGGUUUUAUUUUCAGUGUUUGUUUAAAAUGUAUAUAAAAUAUUAUUUUAUUAUGGUUUAUGUCUCUUGCUGUACUGCAGAAAGAUCUGGACAUUCAUAUGUUUUUCUUUCGGUGACUGUAAACGGCGAAUUUGUUAAAGAUGGAGAUAUCAAUUCAAAGAAAACUAUAAACUAUGAACUAGGCGAUAAUAUAGUUUUCUCGUGUUGUCAGGGAAAAAAAGCAAAUUGGGGAGAAACAUAUUUUUAUAUAGAGCAUCAGGACCAUGGACUAAAGGUCAAGAUACCUGAUCAACUUAACAUGAAAGCUGAAAAUUUAACCUACACUAUAACAGGCGAUGCUAUCUAUAACGAAUCUGAAGUUCAGUGUAUAAUGGCAGUAAAAGGAACAACCUAUACAAAGGAAAAUGAGUUAACAGAUGAAAAAAGGAUUUCGAUGACGUUGAUUAUGUCUUCAGACAGGACAUCAAAUGACGGUCAAAUACGGGAAGUUUCUUAUAAUGAAGAUGUACCAACACCACCUUGCAGGCGAUCAGAACACGUUUGGCCUUCAGUCUUCCCUCGAAAAAUAAUCAAUGGUAAUAAUUUCAACGUUUCUGAAUUAGAAAAGCUAUCAUCAAAGACCCCCGAUAAUAAUACUAUAAUUGUCUUUUGCGAUAUCAUCCAUUUCAAGUAUGUGACGGGUACUAUACAAAAUUUUACACGAGAAAUCCGUGAUAAGACUAAAUAUGUAUACAAACAGAAAUCGUUUUUUUCGCCUACACAAACGGGAAUUGUUAUGGGAAUAGUCAUCGUGGCAUUUAUCGUAGUAGUGGCUGGUAUUGUGCUGUAUAGGAGCAAGAAGAAUAGAGCUCCAGACGUCACUCCAUCAUUAGACUAUGACACCAAUAUUUACGCUCGUCCGAAUCAAGUAAUUUACGCUCAGUUACAGCUACCUGAGGGUACUAGUGUACAUCGGAAUAGUAACGCAACACCUUACGCGCAGAUUAUCGGAUUCUUAACAAAAAAAUAAAACUAAUGUAUACUUC